AUAGAAGGAAAGCCCAUUCUGAUAUAACCGAGGUGGCGUUAUUAAUCUUGGAGAAAUGUGAUUCUUCUGGUCGUCUCCACGAAUAUCGUUGGAUGCAACGGCGAUGCCAAGAAAAAGGGCUGGUAGUCGGAAAAGAGACUGUUAGAAUACUAAUGAGCAUUUGUGACCCCACGGGUGUUGCAAAACGAAAGAAACGAAGACUAUCACUACGUAACUAUUAUUCCAAAGGGCCCAAUGCUUUAUGGCACAUGGAUGGAUAUGAUAAGAUUAAACCCUAUGGUAUAUGCAUUCAUGGGUGUGUUGAUGGAUUCUCACGAGCUAUCAUAUGGCUUCAUGCAUCUACCACUAAUAAUAACCCCAAAGUUAUAACAAGCUACUUCAUAGACGCUGUGAAAAGAUUGAAAGGAUGUCCAGAACGAAUAAGGUCCGACAAAACAGUGGAGCAAUUACAAAAGUUCUUAAGAUGGGAACAUACUGAUAGAUUUUCUCGUGACAAUUAUUGAAUAGCUUUAUUUACGGAACACGUGUUCAUACUGAGCGAAUUGAAUCAUGGUGGGGAAUACUACGAAAGCAAUGCAUACAAUAUUGGAUGGACACAUUCAGAGAUUUGAAAGAAGAAGGUUACUACACCGGGGACCUGAUCGACAAGAGCCUUAUUCAGUUCUGCUUCCUUGAGAUAAUUCAGGUAACAGUUGAUAAAUGUAUUAUGAUAUUGUAUCAUAGCGUUGAACAUCGUUUAUUAUAGUUUAUUCUAAUACAACUAAAAUUUUUCAUUGGUUAAUUUUCGUGAUAAAUCAGACGAUUCAAGGCCGUAGCUAGGAUUGUUUUUUUUUAAAUUUUUUUUUUUUUUUUUUUUGGGGGGGGGGGGGGGGGCAGUU